GUAUAUCAGUAAACGUUUCUCAUGAUGUUGUGGUGUUUAGUACAGUAUAGCCAAAUAAAAAAUAUAAAUACGGACGUACUUGGCGCGAAAUAUUGCCUAUAAGCGAUGUAUAAGCAAUCUAUAAGCAGUGGUACAAGUAACAAUAUGGCAGCUUUAACAUCAGCUAAAAGUGUUUUGAGAAAAGAAAUCAAGGAUAUUCUUAUAAACGUUAAUUCGGAAGAAAAAAGAGAACAGUCCGCAAAUGUGUUUAGAAAGGUGAGCCUGGGAAAGAUAUAUAAAUCAACAAUCUACUUGAAUCUGCUUGAAGAGCUAUGCGCAUUGAAACAAUAUCAAGAGAGCAAAAGAGUUUCGUUAUAUCUGAGUACAAAAGAUGAAAUCGAUACUGUACCUAUUUUAAAACAUAUUUUUGAUAUGGGAAAGGAAGCAUUUGUACCACAAUAUCGUGGAAAAAAUAUGGAGAUGGUAAAAUUGAAGUCAAUAGAAGAUUAUGAGACAUUGCCACUAACGAAAUGGAAUAUUAAACAGCCAAAUAUUGUUGACUGUCGUGAAAAUGCAUUAGAAACAGAUGGAUUAGAUUUAAUAAUUUUGCCAGGUGUUGCUUUCACUAGAAAUGGAAAACGUUUGGGACAUGGAAUGGGAUAUUAUGAUAAAUAUUUAAAAAGGUGUUUUCAAAAACAAAACACAAGGCCAUAUCUAAUUGCAAUAGGAUUUAAGGAACAGAUCCGAGAGGAUAUUCCUACUAAUGAAGAUGAUGUGGCCGUUGAUAUUGUACUUACUGGAUGAUAAAUGUAAUAUAAUAUAAUAAGAAAAUUUGUGAUUUUGUCUAUAAGCGAAUAAAACCUUUCUUAUAUAUUUUGAACUUA